AUGAAGGGAAAGAAAGUCCAACAGAAAAUAACCUCCAAACUGAGAUCACCGUUGCAGGCGGAAAAAAAAAAAAAAAAUUGUGCUAGCCAAGUGCAAGCUGAACGUGUGCCAUGCCAAGAGCCACAAACAGGGGAACAACAUAACCAUCACCAAAAAGGGAACCAAAUAUUCACCUUUAAGAAGAAAGAAAAAAAGGCAAACAAGCCUGGUGACGAGAGAAACACCAUUUGUGUAGAAAAAAACGCAAGUAAAAUACUUGAUAAGCAAGGAGCAAACACAGUAUCGGAUGGUCAAAAAAGCGUAAGCACAUUUUGCGGGGAAGAGGAUACUCCCCCAACAGGUGAACAAACACCCGAAAGGGAAAAAAGUGAAACAACCUUAAAAAAAAAAAAAAAAAAAGCACAUGCUGAGAAUAAAAGAAAUAAGGAAGGGAAGCAAGAAGAUAUUGUUUCAAAACUGUGGGAGUACAAAAAUGCUUCUCUGAUCAAUUUUUUAAAAAAAAUUAAAAGAGAAAAAUUUCAAUCCACGGCCCAGAUUCUUAACGAGAAAUACUUGGAGAGAAGAAAGAAAAAGAGGGAUCACCGGGGGUGUAAAAAGGAAGGGGCCAAUUACUGGGAACAACGAGGAAGCAAAAACUGUGACAUUGGUGGAAAUAAGAACCAAACCCCAGGUGUGAAGAUUCAACGGAUGAAUAUACAGAAUAAUGAUUGCCCCUUGGAGGGAAGCCACACAGGAAUAGGAAAAAGUCAAAACACUAAUGAGAGGCACAAAUCAUGUGAAGAAAGAAGCAGCCCUUCCAAAGUACUACAAAUGGAAGGUGGAAAUAGCAAUACAUUUUACGAGACACAAGGUGACAAGCAUUAUGUGAAAUUUAACAAUGACCAAUACACACAAAAUGUUGACAUAGAUCAUGACUUCUUUUAUGACCGGAGUAAACACAUUGGAGGAAAGGUGGCCAAGGAGGAGGUGCAGUCCAAACACGCAUCCACCAGCAGUAAGGUGAAAAAGUUUUUCUUAAUUUUUUGCAAUGGUUGUUUAGUUGUAUUUUUGGGGGUCAGCAAUAACAUAUGCGGUAGGAUGAGGAAUCGAGUGCUGAACAACUUUGACAGUUUAACUGCGUCGUAUAAUGCUAUAGCCUAUGUGGUGAUUUAUUUAGUGCUGUGCAUUAUUUACUGUAAGUCGAAGAGCAUUACCAAGGAACACUGGUCUUAUAUAUAUCCCUGCUUGAGUAGAUAUUUUAAGAAAAGGGAGAAAAGCGCUGAUGCGAGACAGAUAGAAAAGAAAAAGGACCAAUCGAAGCAGCAGAGCGAUUGGACCAUUGAUGUGACGGAUCAAGAGGCAACCAAGAGGAAGAGGAAAAUCAUGAAGCUGUUCUACAUACACAAGAAGAGGAUAUACGAGCCGCUGCUGGAGAAGAACAGGGACGACGUAGAGGUAGGAACCUGCGGCGCCAUAAGUAGCAGCAUAUGCGGUAGCAUCAAUAAUAGCAGAUGUAGUAGCAGGUGUGGCAGCAGAGAGGGUGAUCAUAUUGAUAUUACCACUGUGCGUCAAAGUGCCAGUCGAAGUGCCGGCCCAAGUACCUCUCACUGUGGAGGAGCCAAUGCACGUAUAAGGUCAAGCCAGGGAGAAGACAAUACCCUCCACAGCGGCAGCGCACUAAACACAAGUGAGCCGCUCUCCCAUGUGAUGAAAGAACCGAAUGAUGGAAAGACACCCACUCGGUGUUGCUGCAGUAAUACCAUUGUGGAGAACUCAGAUGCGGAGGGAGCGUACUCAUUUAGUAAGCAAGACAUGAAGGACAUACUAGAACAUUACCCACAUGAUAAAUCGUUCAAGGAUGUCCUCCCCUGUAGGGAGACAACGGAAAAUGGAAUAUAUUCAAGUGUAAAGAAAAAGUGGAGAAAUUUAGGAGCAUACAAAUAUAUAGUCGUCAUAGCCUUAUUGGACAUAAUAUCAAACACGUUGUAUUUUGUGUCCCAGCUAGCCAUUCCGCUAACCAUCCUACUGCUCCUAAAUCAGUUGAAUUUUAUUUUCUCCAUUAUAUUAUCGUACUUCAUUUUAAAAAGGAAGUAUAACAUUCAUCACGCGUUGUCAAUCAUUAUCGUGAUAGUAGGUUUCCUCUUCUUCUACAUUCCCUACGUGUAUAAGGAGGAUACAGUUAUUACGAAGCAGACGAUGGUUAGCUAUUAUAUGAACUCCAAUUUUUAUCUAAAUGUGGGUGAUGCACUGAAUGGCAUUGCUAGCUAUUUUAACAGAUUCUACCCUUGUAAUGAACCCACGUGCAGUACGGCAUCCCCGUUUGGCAUAUUCGCCUCUAUCCUUUUUUGUGUGUUCUCCAUUUUGCUAACAUCCUACGGUGGGGUCCUCAGGGAAAUAUUCUUCUCCGAGUAUAUAAAAGGAAGAGAGAAGCGUCAAAAAAUGGUCAGCAUAAAGAAGGGCAAGAGGAAAUGCUCCCCAUUGUGUAGUGCCAUCUGCGCGCCAGAGUUGGGGGUACCACAGAAUGCCUUUUGCGAAAUGGAGACGGAAGAAGGAACAUCCUCAGGGGAGAGUAACCAACAGGGGAUAAAACACGACAAUCUGGGGAAAGCAACUCCCGUUGAGUAUCCCCUUUUUAAUAAACGGACGGAUGCCGAUAAAAAUGGCUACAUGAUAAAUAUGCAAGAAUUAGCUGUAAGUCACCAACAGGGGGAUGAUGAAGUGUUAAACGGUAUGUGCGUGUCCCAAGCGAAUCGUAUCGUAGACGGGGUUGAUAAUACCGAGGGUCAUUUCACAUCCCCCUGCCCGAUGUGCGGAAAAGGUGGGGCAGAAGCGGACGCAUCCAAGGGGGUACUCAACAUUAUGGAGAACAAACCGCGCCAAAAUAUGGUCGAAGUAGAAAAGGUCACUCCCAAACGUGACACAGUAGUGAAAAGGAAGAAAGGAAGAAACGCCUCAGACAAAAUGAGCGUCAUUCUUCUCUCGUUCAACAUUUCGUUAAUUCAAAUUUGUUUGCUCCCAAUGAUAAUAUAUUUUCAACUCCUGUUUAACAAGAACAAGGACGUUUCUUAUUUGAUAUACAUCAAGGACAGCAUCCAGUGCUUUUCAGGACAGACGAUGGAAAAUAAUUCCAACUGUAAGUACUCCUUUGGGGUGUACAGUCUCUACAUAGUGGUGAACGCUAUUUUCAAUUUGAGCGUGUCGUCAUUCUACAGCAACUACUCUUCAGCUGAAUGUUUCCUAAUUUUGAAGUCCUCAACCCCGCUUACUUUGGUCGUUUUAUAUUUUUACGACUUCCCUUUUAUCCUGGAGAGUGACAAAUAUUUUUCCAUUUAUUUUGUGAUCAGCAUAGUGAUCGUUUUUAUUGGCGUGAGUUACUUCUUCUAUCAGAGCAUCGCACCUCGCAAGGGAGUUUUCCACUGGUCAUCCCUUUUUAAGGAGGUAAAUUUUUAA